GUGGCAAUCACCCGUUGAUUCUUUUCUACUAACCACAAAGAUAUUGGCACCCUGUAUUUAGUAUUUGGUGCCUGAGCAGGCAUAGUCGGCACAGCCCUCAGCCUUCUGAUCCGUGCCGAACUGAGCCAACCCGGUGCCUUGCUUGGCGAUGAUCAGAUCUACAAUGUUAUCGUCACAGCCCACGCCUUUGUCAUGAUUUUCUUUAUAGUAAUACCCAUCAUGAUUGGCGGAUUCGGAAACUGACUAGUCCCCCUAAUAAUUGGAGCCCCAGACAUGGCAUUUCCUCGCAUGAACAAUAUGAGCUUCUGACUCCUACCCCCAUCCUUCCUACUCCUUUUGGCCUCCUCUGGGGUAGAAGCCGGGGCCGGCACAGGAUGAACUGUCUAUCCCCCACUGGCGGGAAACUUGGCCCACGCAGGAGCCUCUGUAGACCUAACCAUUUUCUCCCUUCACCUGGCCGGGGUUUCCUCCAUUUUGGGGGCUAUUAAUUUUAUUACCACAAUUAUUAACAUGAAACCUCCCGCAGUAUCCCAAUACCAGACACCCCUGUUUGUGUGAUCUGUAUUAAUCACAGCCGUACUUCUCCUAUUAUCGCUACCAGUGCUAGCUGCAGGGAUCACAAUACUCCUAACAGACCGAAAUUUAAACACCACCUUCUUUGACCCAGCCGGAGGAGGAGACCCCAUCCUCUACCAACACCUAUUUUGAUUCUUUGGCCACCCAGAGGUGUAUAUUCUAAUUCUACCGGGAUUCGGCAUGAUCUCCCAUAUUGUAGCAUACUAUGCCGGCAAAAAGGAACCUUUUGGCUACAUAGGAAUAGUAUGGGCUAUGAUGGCCAUUGGACUACUAGGCUUUAUCGUAUGAGCUCAUCACAUGUUUACAGUUGGAAUGGACGUAGACACACGGGCCUACUUUACCUCCGCCACAAUAAUUAUCGCCAUCCCCACAGGUGUCAAAGUCUUUAGCUGAUUGGCCACCCUUCAUGGUGGUUCAAUUAAAUGAGAUACCCCCCUACUUUGAGCCUUAGGCUUUAUUUUCCUAUUCACAGUGGGAGGCUUAACAGGAAUUGUCUUAGCCAACUCGUCUCUAGAUAUUGUACUUCACGACACCUACUACGUUGUAGCACAUUUUCACUAUGUACUAUCAAUGGGGGCUGUGUUCGCCAUUAUAGGAGCCUUCGUACAUUGAUUCCCGCUUUUUACGGGUUACACACUACACGGCACCUGGUCCAAAAUCCACUUUGCUGUAAUAUUUGUAGGUGUCAAUUUAACAUUCUUCCCCCAGCACUUCCUAGGCCUUGCAGGAAUGCCUCGCCGAUACUCAGACUACCCAGACGCAUACGCCCUAUGAAACACCGUCUCCUCAAUCGGCUCACUAAUCUCAUUAGUUGCUGUGAUUAUAUUCCUAUUCAUUCUAUGAGAAGCAUUCGCGGCUAAACGAGAAGUUAUGUCAGUCGAACUAACAACCACAAAUGUAGAGUGACUUCACGGCUGCCCACCCCCAUAUCACACCUAUGAGGAGCCUGCCUUUGUGCAAGUACAAUCAACCAGCUAG